UACAAAUAUGUGCGUGUGUGUGUAUGUGUGCAUAUUCAAACGCCACUGCUUGUAAUUAUCUAUACACAUGCACACACACACACACAUACAUAUACACAUACAUCUCUCAAUAGUUAUUUCUUCUGUCAUUCCCAUCACACAAGCACUUCCUUCAAGCAACGACCUAUCCUACACACCCCUUUAGACAAUAAUCGGACAAGUCCAAGUGCUUGUUACUGUCGCACAUAUUCAAUUGGGACAGUCGUUACUUCUUCGGACAACCAGGAUAUUAAAAUCACUCUUUUAUACAUUAUCCUAUAUACAUACGGUCAGAAUGGCAAAUAGACCCCGAGGUUUUGGUCUAAGUGCAGAAAUCACUAGAAGAAUGAAGAAAAAGUAUGAUGUUGAGUUAGAGCAGCAAGCCAGAGUUUGGAUUGAAGGUGUUAUUGGAGAACAGUUGGGAGAAGACAAUAGUGUACCACUUGGAGAAACUGGUUUUCAUCAACAGUUGAAAGAUGGAGUAAUACUUUGCAAGUUAAUGAAUCAGUUAUCUCCAAACAGCAUUAGGAAGAUAAACACAAAUAAAUCUGCCUUUUACAUGAUGGAGAAUAUUGCAAACUUUUUAAAAGCCAUCGAAUCUUAUGGUGUCCUGAAGAACGAUCUAUUUCAGACUGUUGAUCUUUACGACAACACAAAUAUGCUACAAGUUGUUAAUACUCUACAUGCUUUAGGAAGAAAGGCACGUCAGAAGGGAUAUCCUGGUCCAUGUAUAGGACCAAAGGAAGCAGAGAAAAAUGAACGGAAUUUUACAGAUGAACAGUUAAUGGCUGGCAGCAAUAUUAUAAGUCUUCAAAUGGGCACCAAUAAAGGUGCUUCUCAAGCAGGGAUGAAUUUUGGCAAAUCACGAAGCAUUGUUGAUUGAAGAUAUUUCUUCUUACCUUCUUAAAUGUGACUCAAAAGUUUUUCUUUUCUUCUUUUUUUUCAUACAUAUAUUGUUUAAUGUACACAGUAUGUAGUUAUGAGCCACUUAUAAGUUCCAAACAUUAGAAACGUGAUCUAGGCAGGUUUUAAUACAUGCCUAGUGUAUCCAAGCAAUCCCCUGGCUCUGAGCACAUGGCUUACAGUUACAAAUCAGGAUGAUAGAACUCUAAUUCUUUUUUCUGCUUUUUUCGCCCUUCCAUAUUUUGUAUCCGUCUUUCUCUUGCUUUUUUCUCAUGAUUUCUUUCAUUCUAUCCUCUUGAUUUGUAUAGACCAUGUGCUCAGAGCCUAUGGAUUGCUUGGAGAUGCUAGGCAUCUAUUACAACUUGCCUAGACCACAUCUCUAAUGUAUGAAACUAAUGUACAAUACUGUGUACAUCAAACGAUAUUUUUCUCUCACAGGAUAGAGUACAUUUUUUGUUGAUCUUAUUUUAAGGAAAAGUAAACUACACACACACACACACACAAGUUGAAAGGCAGAAUUUUGCUUUAACCCUUUAGCAUUUGGAUUUUUCUAUCAAAUGCAAUGCUUAUUCAUUCACAUUGUUUUGAAUUUAUAGUGCAUUUAUCUUGUAACUUCAAGAUUUCAAUGAUGUGAUUGUUUAGUUUUAGAAUGACAUUGUAGGGUAGGGUAGGGGUGAGAGGACAGAACCAGUCAGCUUGAGCAUAAAACAGCCAGGUCAUUUGGCCUUGAUAAGGCCAGUUUAAAUGCUAAAGGGUUAAGCAUGCUAUAUAACUCCUCAUGACUUUUUUUAGAUUUUAGAAUUUUCAGAGAAUUUUUGUAAAUUUGUAUUCUACACACAGGAAUUCACAUGACUAUGAAAAAUAAAAACUUUUUAAAAUUUGGUUAAAUUUUUCUUUUUUUAAAAUUUUUUUUUAGAAAAUCAGUUUGAUAUACUGACAGUCCAAAUUUUUGGCUUAAAUUCCAACAUUAGACUAUUAAAUGUGUUUGUGGAGAGAAAGAUUUUUGACCAUAACAUCAAUACUGACAAACAAAUAAGGAUGGUGUGAGAUGAUUGCGAGAUGUGCUGAAAAUAACAGCUAAAUACCCCCUUUUUUUUUUUGUAAGGGUUUUUUCAUAGUGGUAUGAAUUCCCAUGUGUAGAACACAAAAUUUGCAAAAAUUUUCUGAAAAUUCUGAAAAAUUAAAAAAGUUGUGAGGGGUUAUAUUGAGUGCUUAAAGCAUAAUUCCAUUAGUUGAAAAUCACACUAGCAAAGUAAUAUUGCAUCCAUAUAGAGAUAUUAAGAUGAAACUUUUUCCCAUUUGAAUAAUAACAUAAUAACAUUCAUAUUUACUUCAUAAACCCCACCUUUUUUUGCUUAUUUUCAUACAUGAGAAAUGAGAGAAAAUUGAAGGUUGAAAAAGGGACCACACAGCUAUGAAAUUUGUAUUCCUUCAACAUUUCUCACUUUUAAUUCAAUUAACUAUUUUCGUUUUGUUUUAUAACAUUUAAGAUUGUUUUUUUUUCAUUCUGUAAUUGUAAUGCAGUUUCUGUUUCACAGAAAAAAACUAAUAUUUUUUUCUUUUUUUAACAAUUACAUAUGAAUUUCAUUUUGUAAGAUAUUAUUCCAGACCAAAGCUUGAAAAUCUUAAGAUAAAUAAUUUUCUUUCUUGCUGGAUGCUUACAGACAACCCAUGCUAUCUUCCUUUCUUGUCUCCCCUCCGCCCCAGCAAUUAUAUCACCUACUCUUUUCUAUCCCCCCCCCCCUCUCUCUCUUCUAACUUGUAACUCUUUGCUCAUUUACCCUUCAACUCUAUCCAUUCAAGCAGUCUAUCCCCAUCUCUUCAUUCUCCUCCCCCGUACAAUCUUGCAAACUAAUUCUUCAAUUCACUUUGUGCCUUGUGGGGCCCCCUCGGCACUUCAUUGCCAUUCUCUAUCUCUUGUAGUUCCUACUGUUCAUUUUGUUUUCUUCUGCUUUCCCUACUUGGAAACUGAUUUUUCAAUUCACUUUGUGCCUUGUGGGACCACUUAGGUACCUCAUUGCCAUUAUCUGUCUCUUGCAGCCCCUACUGUUCAUGUUCUCUUUCUCUCUCCUUCCCCUGCUAAGUGUGAGUAGCCUUAAAGAUCCCUUACAAGACCUGCCCUGCCAAAUCCCCUUCUCAUAGUUCAGUCCCUUCAUUCCAUAGCAUGAAGCUGACUCCCUCCCAGGGCUUGAAGUUCUGCAAGCUUUAUGGUGACUUCAUUAGUGCAGGUGCCUCACGAAAAGCACCCCGUCCACUUUGCUAAGUGGUUGGCAUUAGGAAAGGCAUCCAGCCUUAGAAACCCUAACCUAAAGCAGACAGCAGAGCUUAGUCCAUUCUUCUGACUUGCCAACUCCUGUCAAACUAUCCAAUCCCAUGCCAGCAUGAAAGGAAGAUGUAAAGUGGUAGGAAGGGCAUCCAGCUGUAGAAAUCAUACCAAAGCAGACAUUGGAACAUGAUGCAGUCCUUGGACACAUUGGAACCUGUCAAGCCAUCAAACCUACAAAAUUAAGAAUAAAAAAAAAAAAAAAAAAAAAAAAAAGAAUUACUGAUAUCAUGUCAACUAUUUGGACACAAUUUAAUUAGUUUUUCUUUUUGAAUCAUUCAUAUUAAUUAUGAAUUUAUGCUUUUGUUUAUAUUGACGCAUCUAUGUUAAAAAGAAAAAAAUUGAAAUAAUGCAAAAAUAAAUUUAUUUUAUUCAAAAUAUUGAUAUUCUAA